AUGAGAUUAUCCACCUAUUUCAUUGCUAUCAUCACUUCGAUCUCAUCCGGAGUCUUAGCCCAGGAUCCGGGUCCAUCUCCUACUGUUUCAGUUGGCUGUGAGCCACAUGGAGACCAUUGGCACUGUGACGGCCCAGCCUCAACGUCUGUUUCGGUUACAUCAACAGAAAGCGAGAUCGAAGUGAACACCAGUACUCAUGAAGUGAGCUCUACUGCCAAUGCCACUCCCACAAUGCCUAGUCCUACCGAGUCUGUUGGCUGUGAGCCGCAUAACGACCACUGGCACUGCGAUGGACCAGCCGAGACGGCUAGUGCUUCUGUGAGUGCAUCCGCAAGUGCCUCUGAAAGUGCCUCUGCAAGCUCUGGAGAUGAGGAAGGUGGCGCUGGAGCAACUGGAGUGCACGUUUUCCUGCUUGUUGGAUUGUCGCUUGUCGCUGCUGGUAUGAAUGUUUGA